CGGCCUCGGGGCUGGGAUGAACCGCGCUCGCGGUGGAGGCAGGGAAGCCAAGCCGGAGCCAUGGCCAGUACAGUGGUAGCAGUUGGACUGACCAUUGCUGCUGCUGGAUUUGCAGGUCGUUAUGUUUUGCAAGCCAUGAAGCAUAUGGAACCUCAAGUAAAACAAGUUUUUCGAAGUCUGCCAAAAUCUGCCUUCAGUGGUGGCUAUUACAGAGGUGGAUUUGAACCCAAAAUGACAAAACGGGAAGCAGCAUUAAUAUUAGGUGUAAGCCCUACUGCUAAUAAAGGAAAAAUAAGAGACGCUCAUCGACGAAUUAUGCUUUUAAAUCAUCCAGACAAAGGAGGAUCUCCUUAUAUAGCAGCCAAAAUCAACGAAGCUAAAGAUUUACUAGAAGGUCAAGCAAAGAAAUGAAUUAAAUGUAUGAUUUUAAGUUCA